AGGAAGUUCAUUGAAAAACAAGAGGAGAAAAUCAAUCAAUAAAACCGUCUUCACAAACAUGACCAAGGUCAGGUUAAUUGUUAGGAGUUACAUGUACAUGAUGUAUUGCACCUACAUGUAUGUGAAAAAGAUGCUUUUGUCUCCCCCUCUCAUGUCCCUGGUCAGAAAGACUUUGACCAUAGGAUUUUAUACUCUAUUUUCUUUUUCAAUGUGGUUUGGACAAUUUUUGUCAGAUUAUCUCAAUUUUUGUAGGAGUAUCUUUAAAAAGAAUCAUGUCAUGAAAAAUGUUAGAAAAAAAUUCCUAUGCUUUAUUACAUAAGUUUACACAGUAUGUCAAGAAAGCCCAAUAAAAUAAAAACACCAGUUUGCUACACGACAUCUCAAAUGUUCAGAUGAAAGUUAUAAGCCCUCUAAAAUGUUUUAUACCAUGUACAUGUAGGAGGAGGGUUCACAGUGAACUGCUAUAAUAAUGCAGAACACGGGAGUUUACAGUCAACACACGAAGAGUUUAUAAAUUUGUCUUCAGAUUUCUUGCAUUUUAAAAUGGUGCGGUGCACACAUUAUUAUUGUUUUGAAUUGUACUUCCUAUCAUCCAGGGUAGAUGAUUAUAGGUCUACAUGUCUGCACAGGUAUAUACAUACAAAAACUUUUCACUUCCUCAUCUUAUUUUCGAAAGUUCCAAACAUGUUGCAACUAGAUACUGUAUACUCCAUUGCUUGUUGAGUGCUUUGACAAUGAUUAAGCACCGAACAAUAUUAAAGAGGAACAUUAAUCAUACAAUGCUUUUAUUUUUAAUAAGUUUCCUAUAACUUGUAGAUAUUGGAUCCUUUCCUGUUAGCUCAGUUUCCACUUUCCACUUCCUUACAUUGUAUUGAUCUGAAAUGAAAAUGAAACCCUUGAAACCAGUUGAAAUCAUAUGAAAGAAAAAAAUUAAAGAAAUAGAUCAAUGGAAGUUUUUAGAAGAUUACAUGAAUAAUAAGAAAGUUUGAUUGAUAUUGAAAUUUAAAAAAGAAAGACAUUUUCAGAGGAUAUUUUCCGAUUUUUUUGUGGUCAAAUAUUGUAAUUGACUUGUAUCACUAUGGGCAAUUCCAAGCAACGGUGGACAUUUUCCCAAAAAUUAUAUUGGCUCUAUUUCAAAUCUGGAUCAAAUUUUUCAAUCAUAACUCAUAUGGAAUUUCAUAAACACAAAAGGGGAGCAUAAUUAGCCAAAAUUGUUUUUUCUUACGCAGCUCCUUAUAGGUGAAUCCAAACCAUACAAAAAAACGCUAUAUAUGGGACUACAUAUAUUGUUUUUUACUUAAUUUCAAAUUAACAGAAAACUAUUGCUUGUUUUGUAAAAUUUUCUUUUGGAUAAUCUGAAGGUCAUCAUUUUACAUCAUAUCAAACAAAAAUUUUAAAAUAUAAGUUCAUUUUACGUUGCCAGUGAGUGGAUAUUUCUGAUGUCACUCCGUAACCGUCACUCCUUAACCGGGUAUGGGUUUACGUUUUUAGUCGUAAUUAAUGAAAUAAUACAUGUACACCAAUUUUUUAAUGUAAUGCAACAUAUUAAAGCUAGAACAACAUAGAAUCCAAUCAAUAAAUCAAAAUUAUGAUAGCAAUUCAAAAUUCGCAGAGUUCGAGCAAUAUGUUUUCUCCUCAAAUAUGCAUGUCCAUUUUUGCUUCACUCCGUAACCAUGUUUAUGAAUAUUCACAUCUCAUUAAUUCAGUGGAUCAAAAUAACAAAUGUUAUUAUUUUGAAAAGUGGGUUUCAGCAACUACUGUCAGGUACCAUUUCUUUGCAAAUAACUAUUCAAAUAUGGGUGAUAUCUUUGUUUGAAUGCAAAAAUAUUGUUUCUGAAUGUCACUCCGUAACCGUGGAACUGCCCACAUCAAGAUUUAUGAAUGCGUGUAAUUUGAAAACUUGUACAAAAGGAUCAGAACGAAGUAUGUUUAGAGCAGUACUUUUUGUAUUUAGUUAACUUGGCAAAAAGUAGGCUUCAUAGCUGCAUGCAUAACAAUUCCAUAGCUCUGCAGCAUCUGGCAUAAAAUCAUUUUAAGUACUGUAGGCUCAUUACAUGAAAGCAUGUAGUACCUAUAAAUCAAUGAGAUUUAUGACAUCAGUCACAUUUACAUGAUCCCUGUGGUAAAGAGAUAGAAUGGAUUUAUGCUUCCUCACUCCUGAUGGUGUACCUGGGUCCAGGAAACAUCCAGUUUUAUUGAUCUUGAAUAUUAAAGGGUAGGUUCAUCCUGACAUUAAGUUGGUAUGACAUGUACAUGUAAUAAAAGCAGAAAAAAAAUUUUGACGAAAAUCCAUCAAAGAUCAAAGUGGUAAUGGAUUUUACAGUUCUGAAUUUGUGAUGCCAUAACGAAACAGUUCCCAAGUGAUAUUUUGGUUUAUAAAUUCUACUUGCCAUUUUCUCAGAAAAUAUGAAGUGAUGUUAUUUGUGGUUCAUUCUUUCAUCAGACACAUCAGACACAUUAUUUCAUGUUUAUGAGUGCAAUGGACAGAAUACUUCAUGAGGUGAAAAAUGAAAUGAUCCAUUCAAGGAGGCGUAGCCCCGUUGAAUGGAUCAUUAUUUCAUCUUUCACCGAAUGAAGUAUUCUGUCCAUUGCACGAAUGAAAAAACAUUCAUUAUUUGGUUUAUAUGACACCUAAAAUAUGAUUAUUUUUUUUCAUAUGAAAUUCAUGAAUUUCGAUGCAAAAGAUGCUCAUGUAGUGUGAGUUCGAUCUGUUGAUUGUUACGUCAUUACAACAUGCGCACUGCUGGUGCAUGAGCUGCAGUCUCGGUGCGCGAGUGCAAUGGACAAAAUCAUAUGGAUCCAAAAUUGCAUGGUUGAUGACGUCAUUGCAAAAUGGGCUGAAUGAAUGAUAUCAAACAACAAAUCAAAUCACAAGGAUCUAUCUACAUGUAGGUGUCAUAUAAAUAUUUUUAUUCAUCAUGAACAUUUUAAAAAAUGGGUAUUAUGGAAUUCAUAUUAGAUGACAUAAAAUUAUGAGGUAACUGUUCCCAUAUGAUGUCACAAAUUCAAACCUUUAAAAAAAAAAAUAUGUCUUGGUCUUUGAUGGAUCAUGGAUUUUUUUUCAAACCUUCUCAUUUCCUCUUAUUUCUCCUUUAAUUACCAAUGUAAAUCAUACUGUAUGUACAUGUACUUUCGCUUUCUUAUUAAUAUCUGGUUAUAAUAUGAGAGUUUUUAAAACGAAGUUCAUAUCAUAGCAUUGAAAGUGUCAUCCAUUGCUCUUUCCCAAGACUGCUUUUAACCUUGAUUAUGUAUGUUUUCACAUUCUUAUUCUAGACUUUCAUGAAAGUAAGAUGGGAUGCAUAAUUAAACCAAUUAAUCAAUCCUUUGUUCUGCUGUUAUUAAUAUGAUACUGUAGUUUCAGUUUUCAUUUCUCUUUAGGUCUACUAUUUUUAAUUACCAACCAGCAAAUUAUGACUUCAGGAGACUAUAAAAUUUAGAAUUAGGAAAAAUUAUUAUUUCUGUAAAUGAAUUCCUUGUUUUAACAGAAAAUCAGAGUCAUCUCUCAGUAUUUUCCUGUUCAGUGAUUUUUCAGAUCGCUUUUUCUUGGGGGGGAGGGUCUGAGAUUAACUUUGAAUCUGGAAUUUGGGCCAGCAAGAUGUAAGAAAAUGAAAGGAGUCCUAUCGAGCAAGUAAUUGAUGAGUUUUAGAAAUGACCAUAGAAAUCACAUUGAUUGACACCAAGUGAAACUUUUCCCAGGACCAGUCUUCUUUUUUAUUUUUAUGCUGUGGGAAUGUAAAAAACAAGACACUAAACGGUCAGCACUGAAAUUGAAAUCAAAAUCUUUCCAUCUUUCAGACUGGUCAGCCGAAAUAUUCACCAAAUAUACACCAAGUUCACCAACCAAAAUAUUUAUGACAAAAUCUGUUAUUUAACAUAUUUCUUUUUUUUUUAUACCCCUUAUAGGUCUUCAAAUUAAAUGUGCAGAAAACAGCAACUGAAGGAUAUUUUAUCUUCCGGAGAUACACAGAUUUCACAAGACUAAAUAUGAAGCUGAAGAUUCUGUACCCAUGUUUCCGCCUGGCCUUGCCUCCUAAGCGAUGGUUUGGUAAUAACUUUGACCCCAUCUUUCUGGAAGAUCGCCUGCUGGGUCUCCAAGCCUUUCUCAACAAUAUCACCGGUCACAAAGAGAUUAGGAAGAGUGCACCAGUCAAAGAGUUCCUGUGUCUGAAUGAUCCACCCGGACCUCAUGACAGUCUGGAGGAAAGCAGGGUCAUGGUAGAAUCUUUGGAAGAAGUUGCAUAUAACCUGAAGAGAGACCUAGCAGAGAGGGAUCGAUUAUUGAGGAAGAGAGAUGAAGAGAUAGCAAGACUAAAAGCUAGAUUACAAGAACUAGAAAAUGCAGGGCUUCCACUGGAAAGUGAGCCUGUUGGUACGGACCAGGAGAGUGAGAGCAGUACUGUUGAAGGUGAUCAGAGAUCAUGUGUCGAGGCCGACCUGAUGGAUCAUGGGAUACCAGAUGCUAACGUCGAGUCAGUCUCAGAUUCCAUGGACAAUUCACUCAAAGUCAAGAUUGAAACCCUUGGAAAAGAACCAGGAAAGAUAGGGAAUAUGGUUGGUGAGAGAGAUCGGGUUGCCAUGGCAAUCAGUCAGUCAACGGCACCUGUAGUUGGUGACUCGAGAUGACAUCAUGCGACUGUCGAGGAGUGACGACAAUGGGAGCUUUCCAUUGAUGAAAAGACAUUGGCAGGAUAUAUUGCCCUUUGGUUGCAAACCUGUUGCAUUGAAGCUAAGAAGAAAUAGAGCUUUCAUUGCGAGAUAGGUUAUUGCCUCCUUAUUCUAAGCAAAGCAGUGUAUGAUGAUUAUGCUUCGUGGAGAUCUAUGCUGUAGAACAUAAAAUCAUGCUGCACAGCGAUUAAAUUCAAGUGUAGUAUAUGCAUAUUGCUAUGUAAGCCAAGCACCAAAGGAUUUUUAGUCAUUUAUAAAUAAGCAUCAUGUGCAUAAAGCUUCUCAGUCUAUAGGAUAUUUACUUCUUGAAACUAUAAGAAAAAAGAAAAUAAUUUAUCAGCUAAUGGCAUGAGCUUUAUAAUGAGUAAUGACUAAGAUUUUCAUGUGUUCUGCAUGCUUAUCUAUAGGCAAAUUAAUUUGUGUGAUAUUUGGGUAUUUAUGGAGUCUUUUAUCUGAUGCCAGUUCUAGCCUGCUUUCAAUCAUCAAAGCUAUCAUUCACAAUUAAAGAAUUCUAUGGAAUGCUUUCAUAUACAUUUUGCAUCAGUCAUGUUUUAUUUUUACAAAUCAAUGAGAAUCUGAUUUAAAUCUUAAAAUUAUUUCUCAAUCAUUAAGAGUUUGAUAGACUGGGAUUUUUCCCAACCUUCACACCUGUGACGAUUGCUUUUGUUGAAAAUCUGUAUGUAAAACCGAACGUAAAACCAAACUUCAAAAGUAGCACCCACCCUUACACCACAGAUGGGGCAUGCUUAGAAUAAACCUAGGUUUAACUCUUUCCUAUGUCUUUCUUAUAUUUUUACCUUCUCUUAAUGUUUUUCAGUAAAUAUAGACAAAACAAUACAAUGAUUGACAAGAUAGAUUACAUCCUAAGUGCUCAAGUCUGAAAGUAAAAGUAGUAUUGCCUUUCAGAUUCAAUCAACAAAACCAAAUUAAUCCGUCUUUUGCUUUAGGCGUGGGUAAAGUUCAUGAUUCACAAACAUUGUUUAUCGUUGUGUAGUUCCUACAGGAAUAUAAAUGCACUAUGUUGAGAGACGACUGCUGAAAUUGCCAAGGAAGGUCUAUGAAUUGAUGGUAAAAAUAUUGAAUGAAAUGAAUUAUUGUGAUGUAGAAAUCGAAUGUAAUGGAAUGUGCAAUUGACAAAUCUUUUGAUUUGAUUUUGGGUUUUUUUUUUUUAUAGUGAAUUAUAAUAUUUGUGGACUCUGAUUUAUUCAAAUAAUACAUUGUUCUAAUGGAACUAGUGCAUUUUGGAAUUUUUAAUUUUACCAACUUGAGGUUCUUAUUUUUUUCUUUCUUUUGAAUAAUAUGUAGUCAUGUGCACGAGACUACUGAUGUGUUUACUGUACAUUUUACAUCUCUGUCAUAUAAGUUUUAUAUUCACUAUUAAGUUCUUCAAUCAACAGUCCUAUUUCUUAAGCCAUUGACUACUGUAUGUUGUAACUUCUUGAGAUUAAAGCUUUGUAAUGGAACCACUUUGAGUAUAGUAGGCAAUAGUUUAACAUGCCACUGUGUCUAUAUACAUGUAUGUGCAAGAUAACUCUACUUUUGCGACAAUUAAAUGAAAUUCUUAUUUAGCAGUAAAGUAAAUGUGAUUACCCAGUAUAUAGAUGCACUUUUGGAUGAAUUUACAUUUUGUAGUUUAAAAAGAGUGUAUUUAAUAAAUAAAUGAAAACAUUUUUUGUUUUCAUCUUUAAGAAAUUUGGGACUUUUAAUUGCAAAUAAUCAUUUCAGAUUUGUUUUGUUUGAAGAAUAGUUUAUCUUUUUUUUUCAUUUUUAGAAAUUUAGGACUGUAAAGCACUUCAUUGUGCAAAUGAUCAUUUCAGUGUGAAUGAAUAUAUUGAAUUUGCACAGUGGAGUAAUGACAGAUUGUUCAUCUUUUUAAUGGGUACCAAAAUAAAGUUUUAUUUGUUCCAAACUAUUUUGAUCACAAGUAAUUCAAAAAUAUUGAAAUAUACUUUGAGAAAAGUUAUCAAAAGUGAGCAAUAUCAGGGUUCCCACAAUCAUGGAAAAUCCUGGAAAAAUUUGUGGUCAUGGAAAGUCAGGGAAUUUGGAAAAUUAAGAAAAUUUAUGGAAUUGCUUUUACCUCUUUGCUUUGGAAGCUUUCCAGUUUGUUGUGUCUCGUUCAUGAUGUUCAUGAUUUCCAUUCUUCCCAGUUUUGUGACAUCCCAAAUUCUACAUAACUCCCGGGAUGUCACAGGAAGUCAUGGAAAGCAGCAAUUUAGUCAUGGAAUUCUGUUUUCAAAUUUCUGUUGGAACCCUGCAAUAUUACACAAACUUGUACUUUAUAUCAUGUAUGAACAAGAUAGAAUUUGCCCAUAUCUACUAAAACUCAGAUGUUGUUAUCUUGCCUAAUACCAUAAUAAAGAUCAUCAUUACACCUGUAAAGACCUGUGAUAUUAGUACAAUCCAAGUAGUACUGGCAUUAAUCUUGUUCUAUCAUUUCCAUCAGCACAAUAGAUUUAACAUAAUAUUUUGUGUUUUGGGUCAUACUUAUUUGUGUAGUUUUCUUAUUCUCUUUCCAGUACAUUAUGCAGAUUUGUCCCCCCUGUUAGGCGACUCGGAAUGGUAUAAGUCCACUAUUAGACUGAGCACAUUUUUAGAUUUAGUUUUUUACUCCCUUGCUAAUAUAUACAUUUUGAUGUUAUCUUACUAAUCAUUAAUUUAGUUUUUGAAAUGUCUUCCUUAAAAGUGAAAAUCUUGAAUGUACUUAACUGCAUUUGUGUAAUAUAUUAUGCACAGAUUGAGUAUGACAUAUGAUUUCUCAUUUUAUUCUCAAAAUGUAAAAUGACAUUCAUGCUUGCUUGAGAAAUAAUGUACCAAAGUGAGUUAGACUGUAUGUUAAAUUGUACAAAACUGUUUUCACAAUAUAUAGCAAUGUAUUAUGAUAUGCAUCUGUAUUGAUUUGCAGAAAUUGCCUCUAUAUGGGAUCAGUUAAUCAAUUGGCUUUUAAUGUAUUUUUAUUCAAUUGUGAUUAUACUUUAAUACACAGUUGAAGAACAUGCAAGAACGAAAUGAGGGGAAAAAACGGGUUUUGCAUCAACAAUGGAUAUUUCUUCUUUCUUUUUUUCUUUCUCAUUUUUCACUUCAAGAACAUCAAAUCGUUUGUCUAGCGAUAAGGGACCAGAGUGGUAUGUUUUAUGCUCUACAAAGUAGCAGAGCCUUAGGAGUCUGAACAAUGUUAGCAAAAAAAAGCAGUUGUUAGACAAUAUUUGUGGUCAAAUUUGUACUAUAUCUCUCAAAUGGAAUGUCUUGGUCCUCUAAAUGGAUUCCAUUUUUUUUUCUUACUGGGGUCACAGAAUGGUUUGGAUAGGGUGGGGGGGAGGCUCACCAUACAAACAAAAACAAACAAUGAGUUGGAGCUGAAGCCCUAUAUGUAUUUGUGAUUUUUAUAAACAAAUCAAUUAAAAUGAAAAUGCUGUUUUAAGAUAAACUUAUUUAUUAUCAUGCUUUUUUCAAAUUUCUUUUGUAUGUAUCAUCUGUUUUUUUUUUUUUUCAAUUCUAUCAUUCAUGAGGGGAGCGUAUGCCCCGUUUAGGAAUUCUGAUUUUUGCGUAUGAAAGCAAUGUUAAUUACAUGUACAAGUACAGAUGAUCAUGAUGAAAUUUUAUUCUUUUUUUCUUUUCUUUUGAUUGCAUUUUCCUAAAAAUCUUAAUACAAUGGGGCCCCUUGGGCAAGAAAUUCAGGUGGUGUUAUAUGAGCCAAUCAGAUGCAAGGAUUUCAGUAGCUUUUAACAGUUUUCAUUGAAAAAUCAACGAUUGUUCGUUUCAUGAAAUGCUCCCUUUAGAGUCUCUUCCUUUGUUUUCUCAAAAUGCACUUGUUCUGUACAAACUUGUUAUUUUCUUUUAUGUAUAGUUGUGAUUGUUGUAUUUGUUAUUUUUAUUGUUGGAUUUGAGGUAGAUCUGUUCAUAAUUGCAAUUAUGUUCUUCCUAUUAGUUCCAUUGUGCUUCUGAAAUAUUUUGUAAAUAGAAUGAAGUUUUGUUGUUUUUUGCAAUGAAUUUCAAAAGAUUUCCCGUAAUUGGUGUAAUGUUAUGUACUGGUACUUAUUUUUAUGUUUUUGUCUGCAUUAGUUUAAAAUCAGUUAGGUUUAUAGAGCUUGCCAUUGUAUUUAUCAUUAAUUGAUGAUUAAUUUGGUGCUGGAAUAUUUUAAUUCAAUACAUGAAAAAUUGAUUUUUAUAAUGUCUGUAUAUUCAUGGCGUUUUUCUUGCAGCACUUAAUUGAUAUUAGAGUGCAAAAAAGCAAAUGUCACAGGAUACCGACAAAGGAUCUGAUGUGGAAAUCACUCUUUUAAGCCCAGCUCACACUAUGCGAUUCGAUUUUCAAAGAAAUCAUAACAUUUGACAUGAACAUUCCAACCAAUAAAAUCUUAGCAAUUCGAGGUCAGAAUAGUUGUAGGACUACUGAAAUCAAAAUUCAAUGUAGUUUGAGCCUCAAUGUAGGAAAGAAAGCAACUUCAACUCCAAAUCGUAAUGAGGUCAUCAUCGGCUGCGACUUGAAGCUGAUUUGGACUUUACUCCGACAACAGGGCUUGCCGCAAAGCAAAAUUAUGAUUUCAUUAUUCCUAACAUUAUGCCGAACUGCAAAUAAAGUAAUUUUUCUUUUUGGAACUUUCAUAUUUAAUGCAAAACGUGAUUUAUUAAAAAAUAAUGUAUCGGAUCGCACAAUGUGAGACAGGCUUAAAGCACAUUUUAUGUAAGAAAAAUCACUGAAAAUGAUAAUUUACUUUUUAUACAAUAAUGUUUUGAGCAAUUAUCAGUUAGUAUGCACAAAGUAAAGUAUAUGGCCCGUAUUCUAAAGUCGGGUUUAACUUAAACUCAGGUUUAAAGUUGUGGUUUAAGUAUGGACAGCCAAUGGUUACAUAAUCACUAUAAGUAGAGAUAUCAUACUUUCAGCUCAUUCGGCUCUCAAAUCAUUCAUAAUUGUGUAGGAAGUAUAAAUAGAUGAUUGUCUUCACCAUCGAUGAUUCAGGAAAGGGCACAAUAAACAUAAGAAAUAUACAACUUAAUAAAAAUUUUGAUACUUUUGGCUUCCCAUACUUAAACCACAACUUUAAACCUGAGUUUAAGUUAAACCCGACUUCAGAAUACGGGCCAAAGAGUUUCUAUUUUGUUAAGUUUGAUAUUAGUAGUUUAGUUGCAGGUGUUGUAGCUGUAAAGUAGAAUUUUUGACAUUUAUAUAAUGAAAUAUACGUUUACCAUUCCAAUUAAGCCCUUCAUUUUUUUUCUCAAUUUCUUGAUAUGUUGAUAUUUUUUUCAUGCAUUUUAAAAAUCUUUCUCUACAUUUACCUUUAAAGAAACAGCAAUCUCAAAGAGGACUUCAUGCUUUAAAAUGUGAUUAUUCUUACAAUGCUUUCUCUACAUUUACCUUUAAAGAAACAGCAAUCUCAAAGAGGACUUCAUGAUUUAAAAUGUGAUUAUUCUUACAAACAAUGCAAGUGCAAAGGUGUAUUGGUAGAUGCUAGCAGUUUCAGGUUUUUUUUUUGUUGUUGCUAGGAAUAGGAUACAAUUAUGUACAACGCUGUACUCCAAUCAUGAGAUGAAUAUUUUCUAUCAUAUAGCUAUCUAGUUAUGGGUAUCCUAAACAUCAUUUCUCAAUUUCUCUCUAGAACUUGUAAUAUAUUUUUCAUUUAAAUGCUAGAUCAAUUUUUUAGUCCAUAACUUUGUAAAGUUAUAAUCAUACACUGCACGUGAUGCCUUCAUUAAUGUCAUUAGUAUGAGAAAAAAUAAGAAUUUACUAUGAAAAAUUUACGGCAGUUUAUCAUUCAUGAAGUGAUUAUUUCCUAGAGGAUAAGAUUUAUUUAUGAUCAAGGGAUCCUAACAGGGUUUUAGGAGGGCCUUUAGGCAAAGAGAUAAUCUAUUUUUGCAAUUCAGAAAUCAAAUGUAAGAUUUAACUUUUGUGCUGUAAUAAAGAUUUUUGGUAAGAACAA